GAGGAUGUGGACUAUUGGGCUCCCCAUGGAUUUCUUGUACCUGUACUUCUUGAUUCCUGAGAGCAGGAUACCAAUUGCUAUGAACAUGGAUGCAGAGCAGAUUCCAUAGGCCCAACUCCUGCCCACUUCGUCCUGGAUGUAGACAAGGACAGUCACAGCCAAGAGGGUUCCUAAGCUGAUGAAGAAGAAGAAUCUGUUGAAGAAUGCUAUGAGGUACAGUGCCAUGUACAGAAUCCCCAUUUGGAACCCAUUUGCUGGUGUGCAGGAGCUGUUGUUGGCAUGGCAUGGUGGUGGCCUCAGCUGUGGCAGUUUUGUGGCCACUGCU